ACCAGAUGCAGGGCAAUAAAUGGCAAAGGAAGCGUGUCACCCACUGAGACACAUUCAGAUGUUAAAGCGUGUAAAGGAGGAGUUUGAGAUCUUUAAACAUGUUAAUUUUACACGCGUCUGUCUGAGCUGUAUAUAAGCGAUCUGCUCAGAUAUCACGGGAUUCAGAGUUUAUGGACACACUUGAAGAGACUGUCAGGAUGCAUGAAGAAACUGGCAAUUCACCAGUGCUGGGAAAAACCUCUUUUUCCAUCGCAGACAUUCUGGAUCCCUCCAAAUUUACCGGGAAACAUCAGGAGACGCAGAGAGACGUCAACACGCGGGAAAACUCAAUUUGUUCACUUGCAAAUAAAGACAGUGCAAAGACGACGGAAUCUGAAAACCCAGCAGAUUCAAACAGUGUUUCUGGCGCGAAGGGGAAAUCGAAGCGGAUCCGCACCGCGUUCACACUGGAUCAGCUGCGCAUCCUGGAGCGAAGCUUCCAGAACAGCCACUAUCUGUCAGUGUUUGAGCGCCACUGCAUCGCCACGGCCCUCCGUCUCUCCGAAACACAGGUCAAGAUCUGGUUCCAGAACCGACGCACCAAAUGGAAGAAGGAACAAGAAGGUCAUGGAGGAGAGGAGCAGAAACACUGCGCACAUCCAGCAUUCAUGCAAAACUCUUGUAUUUAUGCGCUGCCUGGACAUCACGCAAACCCUGUGCAUUAUUACACACCACCUCACCACCACACCCUCGUGAUGUUCUGAUCUUAUUUUACUGUCUACUUCUUUUGGGAUGAGACCAAGAGACUGAUCUGAAGAAUCAAGAUUUUUUUAAAUCUGUAAAUUAGAACCCAUAAAUGUUCUUGAAGCAUUUCCGUUGAAGAAAGUUUAUUUUAAGGAAUGAAUGAACACUAGCAAUAUAUUUAAUGUAAUAUUUAAUGUCUGUUUAUGGUAAUAAUAUGUAUAAUGUCAUUUACAUUUGUAUUUUAUACCACAUUUUAAAGUAAGUGAAUGUAAGAGGCACAAUAAAGUUUAUAUUUUUUUUGCAUUUUUUACUACUUUUUUUAGCGGUAUAAAACCGAUCGUUUUGCUGUUUAAUAUUGAAAACGUGUGUCUUACCAUAUCAGUUUAAUGUAUUAUGUUAUGAGCAAACACUGGUUUGUAAUGCAAACAGUUUUACCGUUUAGUGCACGUUGUUAUUCUUCUCAUUAUUUCCCGCAGCUAAUGAACCGGAAGUCUUACACAUAGGCUCACUUCACUUAAUUUAUUUUUUUACAGUACACAAAAAAAUACAACACUAAUAUUUGGGUUUUAUUUUUUUUACUUUAUUAGAUUUUAUAUUUACUUUAAUAAUUUUAAAACCUAAAAUCAGACACAAUUUAUUUUUUUAUUUUUAUUUUUUUUAACACAGAUGAAAGUGAAGCGCGUCAUUGAAUAAAGUGUCACAGUUUUGAAACCGGCCGCACGUAACCUAAAUGUAUGCUUUUAGUUUGAAUGGAAUUUUUGUCAAUAUGAACCGCUGAUAUGGCAUUAUCAGGUGUUGGUAAACAAAUGAUCCAAAAUUAUUUUUCUCCAGCGCAUGUUUUAUUUCAUUCGCGCAUGCGCACCUGCCCACGUGCAUCCCUGUCGACGCUGAUAUUUACACUCUAAACAUUGA